AUGGUGGUGGUGGACGCGCUCCACGGGGAUUCGGCGGCCGCCGCCGCGGACGAGCUAUUCGGUGGCGGAACCGGCUAUGCCGACCUCCAGGCCUUCUUUGACCACACGGCUUUGGAGGUGAAGGCGAGCGGCUGCGGCAGCGAUGACGAGGAGGAGGAGCUGGAGUGGCUGUCGAACAAGGAUGCGUUCCCGACGGUGGAGACGAUGGAUUCGGCGGGGGCGCGACCGCGGACGAAAGGCGUGCGGCAAUCCAGGCCGGUAGUGGCGUGGAGCGCGGCGGUGAGGCGGCAGUGCCGGCACUGCGGGACACAGUCGACGCCGCAGUGGCGCGAGGGCCCGAUGGGGCGCCGCACACUUUGCAACGCGUGCGGAAUAAAGUACAGGGCCGGCCGCCUGCUGCCGGAGUACCGGCCGGCGAAAAGCCCCACCUUCUCCUCGGAGCUGCACUCCAACCGUCAUCACCGCAUCGUCCAGCUGCGCCGCCUCAGGGGGGAGGCGGUCCAGACCUCCCUUGCCGCCGCCGGCUACGGCAAGGAGGGGGGACAUGAGCUGGAACGGCUGUCCAACAAGUCCGUGUUCCUGGCGGUGGACACGAUGGCGCCGGCGGGGCAACGGCCGCGGACGAAGGGCUUGCAGCGGCCACGGAGGGUGGCGUGGAGCCCGCCGCCACCGCCUCGGACUCCGGCGCAAGGACGCGUUCCCGGCGGUGGAGACGAUGGCGCCGGCGGGGGCGCGGACGAAGGGCGUGCGGCGGCUCCGGCGGGUGGUGGCGUGGAGGCCACCGCGCCGCGGGCUCUGGCGGCGGCGGGACCGCGGCGGAGUCAGGGAAGAAGAGACGGAAUGGCUGUCGAACAACGACGCGUUCCCGGCGCUGGUGACGAUGGCGUGGGCGUCGAUGCGGCCGCGGACGAAGGGCGUGCUGUGGGGCAGCGGUUGAAUCGGCCAGGAGGAGGUGAAAUGUCUCUCGACCAAGGACUUCGCGUCCCAUUCGUUGGCGUCAGUUGCAUGGCCGGCGGCGGGACCGCGGACAACGGUCCUGCGGCUGCGGCAGCCCCAUCUGGUGGUGGCGUGGACCACGCCGCACGCGCCGCCGCGCUUCAGGCUCCGGCUUCGGCGGUGGCGCGACGGUGGCGCCAGCACUGGGGGACGGAGAACACGCCGCAGUGGCGCGAGGGGCCCGAUGGGAGGCGCACGCUGUGCAACGCAUGUGGCCAGCGGUACAAGAAAGGUGGUCUGAUGCCAGAGUACCGGCCGGCGAGCAGCCCGACCUUCUGCCCGACGCUGUACUCCAACCACCGCCGCAUCGUCCAGCGCCUAAGGGCCUCCCCCGUCGUCGUCACCACUGCCAUCGCCGCCGCCGUUGACGCGGGUGACAAGUGA